GCGUAUAGUCAGAACGAAAGGGGUGGUUAAGUUUCUGGUUGUCGCUGGUUGUGCCAAUUUUAAUUUAGUUUAUAUCAAGUGGCUUUAUUUAUUUUUGUCUUCACCUUAUGAUUUGCAAUGGGAUUUUUAGUUGACACUCUAAUCAUUCUCAUUACCCAGGUUGUUUUCUUUGCUGGAGGCUGGGUUUUCUUUGUUAAACAACUUUUUCGCGACUAUGAAGUCCAUCAUACUCUUGUCCAACUCAUAUUCUCUGCUACAUUUUCUCUUUCAUGUACUAUGUUUGAGCUUAUUAUAUUUGAAAUUGUUGGUGUUUUAGAUACAAGCUCGCGAUACUUUCACUGGAAUCUUGGGCUAUACCUCAUUCUCUUUAUGGUUAUUGUUAUAAUACCGUUCAAUAUAGGCUAUUCCAUUUUAUCAAAUAUAAGAUUUGUAAAGAAACAACUCAUAAGGCCAUUUACAAUCCUUAUAUGGCUGUUGUAUAUCUACCUAUUCUGGAAAGUGGGUGACCCUUUUCCUAUUUUGAGUCCAAAGCAAGGAAUUUUUUCCAUUGAGCAGGGCAUAUCUCGCAUAGGUGUGAUUGGAGUGACUGUCAUGGCUUUGCUCUCUGGUUUCGGUGCAGUUAACUAUCCUUAUACAUCUAUGGCAUAUUUCAUGAGGCAAGUUUCCCCGGGGGAUAUUCAAGCCAUUGAAAAGAGACUGAUGCAGACCAUGGAUUUGAUUGUUGUUAAAAAGAAAAGAAUUGCACUAGCCAAGAGAGGUGUGCAAGUCCAUGGCUCUCAGUCUGGUCCCACCUCACCCUCCAUUUGGAACAUGUUACGAACAGUCACCAGUAAAGAAUCCCCUGAAACGGAUGUAAAGCAACUGAAACAGGAUGUUGGAGCUCUAGAGGAGCUCUCAAGACAACUGUUCCUUGAGGCACAUGAUUUGCAUAAUAUGCAGGAACGUUUGGAAUGGGCAACUACUUGGAAAGGAAAAUACUUCAACUUUUUAGGGUAUUUCUUCUCCCUUUACUGUUUAUGGAAAAUUUUCAUUUCUACAAUCAAUAUUGUAUUUGAUAGAGUUGGCAAAAAAGAUCCUGUGACUAAAGGCCUGGAAAUUGCUGUUCACUGGAUUGGACUGGACAUGGAUGUGGCGUUUUGGUCACAGCAUGUUUCAUUCUUCCUUGUUGGAUGUAUAGUGGUGACUUCCAUUCGUGGUCUUUUGCUCACACUAACAAAGUUUUUCUAUGCUAUUUCAAGCAGCAAAUCCUCCACUAUCAUUGUUUUGAUCUUAGCACAGAUUAUGGGAAUGCACUUUGUGUCAUCAGUUCUACUCAUAAGAAUGAAUAUGCCUCCUGAGUAUCGUGUGAUCAUAACUGAAGUUCUGGGUGACCUGCAGUUUAACUUUUACCAUCGAUGGUUUGAUGUUAUUUUUCUUGUCAGUGCACUUUCUUCUAUUGUCUUCCUUUAUCUUGCUCACAAGCAGGCACCUUCAGAAAACAGCUAAUUUUGUGUGCUGUGUAAGCCCCUUGUGUUUCUGUUAUCCCAAGCACUUAUGCUUGUGAGGGGUGAAACAUCUUCACACAGUCCUGGAUGAAUUCAGUUUCUUUUGUAACUUUAAGCUUUUACUUGAAUGCUCCCAUACUAGUGCAAGAAUUGUACAUGGACUAGAAAGACUGCAUGACAGCUAGGUAGUUUUUUAAUUUGAUUUAUAUGUGUACACUGACUGUUUGAAGCUUGCUUGUGCUGAUUUCUUGGAAAGCCAUAGUUUUGAUUUUGUCUUGCUCUGAUGUGCUCUUAAUUUUUGUUGUGUUGUUUGUUUUUUAAAAUUGAUAUUGGUAAAAUUUGUGAUCCUUUCUUAUUGCAUUCAAACACAGUCAUAAAAAAUGACAAAAUAUUUGAUAAACAAUUAGUACUUGUAAGUUUGUAUUUAAGUACUCUUCUCUGCAAUGUUUCUGUGAUGCAAAAUAGAUUUUUAUAAUGUUUGGUAUUUUUAUUAUGUUUGUUAUUUAAUUUGAAGAGAACUACUUGUAUACCUUAAAAAGGGUAAAGUGCACUGAUAGAUUAGUUAAGCAAGUAUUAUUUGUUUUCUAUUCUGUUCAGAAAAUAAAAAAGAAAAAAAAACUAAACUAAAAA